AUGCUAACCGAUGAAUCGGUGCAAAUGUCGGUGAUCCUAAAGGACUACUAUGAUUCAAUGGAGAGAACACAAAAUAGCGCGGAUCUUGAAGAAGGGUUAACCCAUAUGGAAACCGAGAUUUUGGUAGAUGAAAUGGAAAAAAGAGGCGCGGAAGUGUCAUCAUACACUAACACCGAUGUUGAUGAAGAUAUUGUCGACACUCAAGAAGCACGCAAUGCAAAUUUUACAAGUACAUCAUCUAACAUCACUCCCGGCCAAGAUUACUCCAACCCUGACCAAGAAGUUCUUUAUUCCGACGACAACUACAACUUUUGGAAUUUCCCUACAGAUAUGACAUUCUGA